AUGCUUCUGAUGCCCAUGUCUCUGUGUCUGUCCCUGUCAGUGCUGGAGGCCCGGGUGCAGCUGGAGCCCAGAACCAUCACGGUGCUGCGAGGUGACCCGGCCCGGCUGAUCUGCAGCACGGCUGAGCCCUGGCAGGUGAUGGUGUGGAUCCUCAACGGUGGCUCUGUGUUGACCAUCUCUGCCCAGUAUGGUAUUCUCUCAAACAACCCCAAUGUGACUGCCGUGAACCACCGCUCCACCAAUCAAGUCUCCAGCUGGGAAUUUGUCCUCAAGAGAGUCCAGCGCAGCUACCAGGGACAGGUGACCUGUGACCUCCAAAACAUCCAGAGGCAAACUGCUGAUCUGUUUGUUCAAGGUUUGUAUGCUUUUCUCAUUUGGCUGUCGUUGAGGUGACUGUCUACUGGCAGGCUGACAGUAUUCAGUAUGGCAGAUAAACAAAGGAGCCACAGUUACAGUACUGCACAAGAUUUUCAAGCGAUGAUUUCAAAGGCCAGCUGUGAAGUGGGAUUUUCGUUUCUUAUGGAUUCUCUCUCUCUCUCCUUGUCUCUCACACAUGUUCACACACUCACGUGUACAUGCGCAUACACACACAAAGAAAACAAAACAGGUGGAACCCCUUUUGAAAACAAUGGCAGAAUGAAAGAAGACAGAAAGGAUUAAAUUAACCUUGACUAGGAGAAGAAAAGCAGAAUAAACAAAAAGUUGAACCUCAUCCAUGAUGAUGCCACCCACACACUCCCUGACACUAGAGACAAAAACUCGAUGUUUUCCUAAGCCAUAUUGGCUUGUUGUUUUAAUUUAAAGCCUUUGUUUAAAUUUGUUUGGGGUUUCAUGCAUGCAGCAGAUUUUCUCAAGUUUUUCUCAAAGCAGCUGAUUUAGUUGUUGGGCAUUGAUCCAGGUGUAUAUCAAAGAGGAGGACUGCUGCAGUGGCUGUUUUGAUGGGCUGUAUGACAUUGUUGAUGCCAGGGUUGGAGGGUGUGGGAUGGGAAUCGAUUGGGCCAGUUAUAAAUACAGGGUGGAGGACACUCUCCUGAGCACCAGUCAUACACCAGCCGGGAUUUAGAGUCUGUCAUCCCUCACCUAAUACGCCCUCCCUAUAUCCCUCUAUUUCUCUAUUGCUCUAUCCUUAUUUUUGCCUGUUUCCUUCUAUCCCUGUUUCCCUUUUCCCCCUCUAUCUCUCUUUCCAUAUCUUCCUCUAUCCCUGGAUGCCGAUUAAGGCAGCCCCCCCCCUCCCCCCGCACCUAUCUGAUUCAGAGGGGUUGGGUUAAAUGUGGAAGACACAUUUCGGUUGAAUGCAUUCAUUUGUGUAACUGACUUUCCCUUUCCCCCGCUAUCCCUCUGUCCCUGUUUCCCUCUAUCCCUCUGUCCCUGUUUCCCUCGGCUCGGUUUCCCUCUAUCCCUCUGACCCUGUUUCCCUCUGUCCCUGUUUCCCUCUAUCCCUCUGGCCCUGUUUCCCUCUAUCCAUCUGUCCCUGUUUCCCUCGGUCCCUGUUUCCCUCUAUCCCUCUGUCUCUGUUUCCCUCUGACCCUGUUUCCCUCUAUCCCUCUUCCCCUGUUUCCCUCUAUCCCUCUACCAUGUUUCCAUCUGUUCCUGUUUCCCUCUAUCCCUCUGUCCAUGUUUCCCUCUAUCCCUCUGUCCCUGUUUCCCUCUAUCCCUCAUCCCUGUUUCCCUCGGUCCCUGUUUCCCUCUAUCCCUCUUUCCCUGUUUCCCUCGGUUCCUGUUUCCCUCUUUCCCUCUGUCCCUCUUUCCCUCUGGCCCUGUAUCCCUCUAUCCCUCAGUGCCUGUUCCCCUCUAUCCCUCUAUCCCUCUGUCUCUGUUUCCCUCUAUCCCUCUGUCUGUUUCCCUCUAUCCCUCUAUCCCUGUUUCCCUCUAUCCCUCUGUCCCUGUUUCCCUCUAUCCCUCUAUCCCUGUUUCCCUCGAUCCCUCUGUUCCUGUUUCCCUCUAUCCCUCUGGGUCUGUUUCCCUCUGUCCCUGUUUCCCUCUAUCCAUCUGUCCCUGUUUCCCUCGGUACCUGUUUCCCUCUAUCCCUCCUUCCCUGUUUCCCUCUAUCCCUCUGUUCCUGUUUCCCUCUAUCCCUCUGUCCCUGUUUCCCUCUAUCCCUAUUUUCUCCUGUUUCCCUAUUUUUCUGUUUCCCUCUAUCCCUCUGUCCAUGUUUCCCUCUAUCCCUCUGGCCCUGUUUCCCUCUAUCCCGCUGUCCCUGUUUCCCUCGAUCCCUCUGUCCCUGUUUCCCUCUAUCCCUCUGUCCCUGUUUCCCUCUAUCCCUCUGGGUCUGUUUCCCUCUAUCCCUCUGGGUCUGUUUCCCUCUGUCCCUGUUUCCCUCUAUCCCUCUGUCCCUGUUUCCCUCUAUCCCUCUGUCCCUGUUUCCCUCUAUCCCUCUGUUCCUGUUUCCCUCUAUCCCUCUGUCCCUGUUUCCCUCUAUUCAUUUAUCCCUGCAUCCAUCCUUUUGCUCCAUUGGGAGGAUUUAAACCACUGUCAACUUCCAAGUUAUAAGGCUGGUGUUUCACAUAAUGGAUUUCCUAGUCAGGCAUGGUUUACAAAGUAUCACUGUCUGUGCUUUGAACUAUUGGUUAUCUUGUUCAGAUUUACUCUGUUUAUAUAUUUGGAGCAAGUUCAUGAAUGACUGAAAAUACUCUUCAUUAACUUUUAUUUGGAUCUUGAGGACAUUACUGUUUUCCUUUUUGUUAUUCAAUUUCUUAUUGUUGAUGCAGUGCUUUGCCCCACUGUAACCACAGUGCAUUUCUCUGAUUUCAAGUAUGCAGAUAGACUCUGUUCCCCAGGGGUGAAGGUGUGGAGAGAUUCAGUGGCACAAAUAUUGAAUAGUGUUCAAACGUCAGGGCAGGAUAAGAAUCAGAGCUCCUCCGCAGUUUUUACUGAAAUCGUUAUCUCUCCAAGCCAAAAGUAUCCCAGUGAAUCAUCUCAGAGAGUUUGCUGGGGAUGCCCUGCAUGGCAAAGAAAUACCACAGAGAAUACUCAACUAGAAAUUAAGAAAGAUGAAGAAUGAUUACAACCCAUACUCUGGGCCAGAAUUCACCAAAACUGAUAAGCUGUCAUUGACAGUAGCAAUGCUAGGAGGUGUUGCUGAUAUCUCCUCUACAUUUUUCAUAUCAUCCUAUUAUAAACUCCACUCAUAUUGGAAAGUUGGACCAAAGACAAAUGGGUUGUAAACAAGACAAACUGAGAAAUUAAUCAUUCAUUUUGCGAUAAAAACAUAAAUAUUGUAUUAAUGAUGCUUACUCUGGAACGUUUUAGCAUGUUAGCGGAGAACGACAGGGUGUUGUCCAGGGUCACGCCAAGGUUAUUUGCACUCUGGGAGGAGGACACAAUGGAGUUGUCAACCGUGAUGGCGAGAUCAUGGAGCGGGCAGUCCUUCCCCGGGAGGAAGAGCAGCUUUGUCUUGCCGAGGUUCAGCUUGAGGUGGUGAUCCGACAUCCACACUGAUAUGUCAGCCAGACAUGCAGAGAUGUGAUUCGCCACCUGGUUAUCAGAAGGGGGAAAGGAGAAGAUUAAUUGUGUGUCAUCUGCAUAGCAAUGAUAGGAGAGACCAUGUGAGGAUAUAACAGAGCCAAGUGACUUGGUGUAUAGAGAGAAUAGGAGAGGGCCUAAAACUGAGCCCUGGGGGACACCAGUGGUGAGAGCAUGUGGUGCAGAGACAAAAUUCUCGCCACGCCACCUGGUAGGAGCGAUCUGUCAGGUAGGACGCAAUCCAAGAGUGAGCAGCGCCGGAGAUGCCCAACUCGGAGAGGGUGGAGAGGAGGAUCUGAUGGUUCACAGUAUCAAAGGCAGCAGAUAGGUCUAGAAGGAUAAGAGCAGAGGAGAGAGAGUUAGCUUUAGCAGUGCGGAGAGCCUCCGUGACACAGAGAAGAGCAGUCUCAGUUGAAUGACCAGUCUUGAAACCUGACUGGCUUGGAUCAAGAAGGUCAUUCUGAGAGAGAUAGCAGGAGGGUUGGCUAGAGACGGCACGCUCAAGAGUUUUGGAGAGAAAAGAAAGAAGGGAUUCUGGUCUGUAGUUGUUGACAUCGGAGGUAUCGAGUGUAGGUUUUUUGAGGAGGGGUGCAACUCUCGCUCUCUUGAAGACGGAAGGGAUGAGUUGAUGAGUGAGGUGAGGUAAGGGAGAAGGUCUCCGGAAAUGGUCUGGAGAAGAGAGGAGGGGAUAGGGUCAAGUGGACAGAUUGUUUGGCGGCUGGAGGGCUUGAUCCACCAUGAUUUGCAUGGUGGAUCAAGCCCUCCAGUGUAGAUGCAGAGGAUCUCAGAGCCUUUCAAUUAAUGGUGAUCUAGGCGUUUUCCAGUUCACCGUCAGCAACUCUGCUGGUGAUUUGUCCAAAUAUACCAUUGGAGGAGAGCCACAAAUCUACACUAGAGACUGGCCCUCUUCUCUCCUCACCCCUUCGUUCUAAUUGUCCAAUAUGAAUGUGAUGCAAACACGCCGACACAGAACAUAUACACACAUACUGCUUGCAGACACACACACACACACACACACACACACACACACACACACACACACACACACACACACACAUGCAGACACACACACGUAGACACACUUCUUACAUUAAAAAAUAUAUAUGGCUGUAUGGGGUUGUUGAAUAUGAACAGAAAGUGCUGUAAGGGCUAAAGCAGAGGAAGAGGCCACUUUGAUUUAAAUCAGAGACGAGUGAGCGUGCCUUUGGUGAUUGGGCUGGAGAGGCCCAGCGUGCUGUUCAUCAGAAUAAAUUCCCAAACACAUACAGACACACACAGAUACACACACACACACACACUGACAAACACAUGCACAACUACUAGUGCUGUUGGAGACAUACAAUACUGCUCAUCCGAGCAGAAGGUGCCCAUACUUCUUCCAGAUUAAAGGCUGUCCCUCAGAGUGGCAAUUUCCUUGCCAAGGGCCCUGUUGAAAAAUCACAGGAAUUAAUAAGAGCUGUACUCCUCACCAGCAUCUUCUCAGGAAACAGUCACAAAGCCUGUCUUAGAUGGCUAGGCUUACUGUGAUUAAUGAACCUUAUGAAACCUUAUUUCAGAGAUCACUUAGACUGGAAUGAUGGGGGAGGAGCCUCACGUUGUAAGGGACUGACUAUCUUUCCUCAAAUGUAUCAAUCUUCCAUCCAUGAUUAGUUGCUGUAGUUUAUUAGUCCAUGGAAGAGAUACUGUUUCCUUCUUCUGAUCCUCACUACUUUAUUGCACUGCUGAGAUUUGAUAAGAGCUUUAAAUGACUUCCUUUUACAGCCUUUUCAAUGGGGAGACAGUGUAAUCAAAGUUAAAUAUCAACUUAUAUGACACCAAAUCAAAUAUCAAGACGCAGCCUAUGAGGAACGGGGGAGCCGUCAUUGUACAUUGAGGGCUUUGAUCCUGAAUCAACAUAGACAUGUAAUUUGGUUAGACAAAGCGACAAAGCUUCAGUAAUUAUCUGUCUAUCUAUAGCAAUUCUCUGCUGCACCCUCUGCCUUUCACUCUGCCAGACAAUAGACUUCACAGAAGAUAUCACCCAGUCUAAGUGGCUUAUUUGGCUGCCUGUGUAUGAGAUAUGGGAAAAGAGGCAUUCUCCCAUCAGCCUUUUGAGACCUCGAGGCACACGAUCAAUCAUUUAGGAAGAGUAAGAAGUCUCUAAAUGAGCAUGUCAAUUGCGAUCAGAGAAUCCCUAUCCGUCUCAGGAUACACUUGGCAUCCAUACAGUAUACACGCAUACGGCGUACUGCACACAGCGCCUUCCUCUAAUCCAUAAACACACAGUCAUGCAUGUGACCGAACCAGCUAAACACUACACACAAUCUUGCAAAAUAGCACAAUGGACUAGAAUGACCUGGCAAACUGUCAAAAAUACAUACAGUAUCCCAAAACUCUUUCUCUUUUCUUUCCAGAGAGGGGUAACGUGGCCAUCACAGAGGGGAACGUGACUGUGCUGAAGGGAGAAGAGGUCUUGUUCCAGUGCCUGGCUGUAGGCUGGUACCCAGAGCCCAGUCUGACUUGGCUGUUGAACAGCAGAGAGGUGGACCAGGGUCAGUACAACAUCAGCACUGAAGGGCCUGUUGAUGUGGAUGGGCUCUACAACCUGACCAGUGAUCUCAGCGUCCAGGCCAGCAGAGAGCUCUCAUGUCUCUGUUUCUGACCUCCCCACGCUCCAGGCCAGCAGUGUGCGUCUGACCGUGGGUGAGAAACACAAAAUCUCUCUCUCUCUCUCCCUCUACUCGGAGCUGGGAUUUGUAUAUGUGCUCAUAUUCAUCAGUGGAAGCAGACUGUGGGGGUUUGUUACUGUUGAUGAGAGGAAUGACAAGAAAGGCAUUGCAGGAUAGACACGGCUUUUAUCACCAUUGAAGUCAUCCUACAUAAAUAGAGUAUUGGGAGCUGCAGGAUUUGGUUCUCUCACUGUGUUAUGUUGCAUACUGAGUUUCCCAUCUGUGGUUUGGGUAAUCUUGAAAUAUAUUCAAUAGUGUUAACAAAAGACAAAACACUAUCCCUGCCACAAUCACAGCAAACCCUGAUAGUAGAUUUUGUCGAUUAAAAUAUUAAUUGAAUAAUAAAAAAUGUUGGCUUCUUUGGGACUAAACCUCCUAAAUUAACUUAUUUGUUUAGUUGCAGAGGUGCUGGUGGAGAAUGUAUGCGACGACUGCAUUGUUCUAAUCGCAGUAACAGCCUCAGUGUCCACCGUCCUCCUGCUCCUGCUACUGAGCAUCUGCAUUGUCCUCUGUUACAGACGGAGGAGAAGAGCAAGUAAGCACCUUUCUUUUCUUUUUGUACCGCUCAGUGAAAAAUGUCCAACCCCCCACCCUCACGGGAACAAUGAUUAAAGUAUAAUGAAGGAGUUAGGCGGUCACACGCAGUGAUUCUGCAAUGUGUCCCACGCCUGCAUCGGCAAGGGCAUGGGUUUUUGAACGUAUACAGAACUUCAGCUGUCAGCAGAAUGCUCUAGUGCUGGCUUUGGCUUGGCCUAACCCCCUACCUGUCCAUAAAACACAGGAGCACCACCAUGGAGAGACAGUUGUCCAGGAGAGACACACUGGACAUAGCACCUCCUGGUGGUCACUCUAUGAAAAUGCAGUUACUCUGUCACUAAGUAACACAGGUAGACAUACUUAAUUACAUUAGGCAGUAAUUAACCUAUCGUAUUCAGUUUAUUUUCCAUUUGCUACGUUGAAUAAUCUGAGAGUUAUGUCAAUCAUCAACACUCUUAUGAUCUGGUGUUACAUAUACCAAGACAGAUUCAUAAUGACUCUAAUUGGGGCCACAACCCACAAACAUGUCUCUGAAGUGACCCCAAAAAAUCUUCAACUUCCUACUCCUGGGAUUAAUGUCUUACUGGGUUACCAGCAGACAGUGAAUAGAAGGUUUUGUGAGUCUUUGGCGGCUUUCGGAGUAGAGACGGUUGGUGAGGAGUUUCUGGAGAGCCAUCUCAGAGGGGAUCGUUGUUGUGGGCGACGAGGCGGCCGUCUGGCUGUUUGUGUGUGAUAACAAAACCUGCCCCUGAGUCAUGCAUUAGACUGCUCUAAUCCCUGUGACUGAUUGCAGACCAGUGCAAAUCAGGGCCAUGAUUUGGGAGCUGUAGGAUUAUUUUAAUAAGGCAGGUGUGCCCUCCUUAGUACAUUUACAGUAUUCACCCAAUAGUCUGAUAUCUUUUUCACUGUCCUUGAUUUGGUCCAGUUCCUUUCCCUGCUUUCCUUACUAUAAAUCCCAGGCAGCAAAGCGUCAAAUCAAUAUAAUCAGGAUUUUUCACAUUUAACAAAAUGGCAUGGCUCCAAUUCAGUACUGCUCUCUGUGGGCUAAUCCAACACACUUAAGAGUAAUGUAUGCAUUGCAAUUAUUCGGAUAGAAUGGGGAUUAAAUAUAUUCACCUUAAUAAAGUUGGACAGUGUGGCAAUUUCUCCUCCUGUAAAUGAGUCUGGUUUAUCCUUCUCCUGGGCCGGCACCGUCUGUACCACCAUUGUUAUAGAAUAGUUUUGGCUCUGGCCAGGGCCUUGGGCUAAGAAAGGUAAUGAUGCUGUGUGAUAAGAUUCAUUAACAAUCAGCUCAGGCUUUCACUCUAACAUUUCUAAAGUGACCUCAGGCUUGAGUGAGUGUGUGCUUAGAAAAAAAUGUGCUUUCUAGAACCUUAAAGGGUUCUUCGGCUGUCCCCAUAGAAGAACCCUUUGAAGAACCCUUUUUGGUUGCAGGUAGAACCCUUUCUAAAUGGAACCCAAAAGGGUUCUACCUGAAACCAAAAAGGGUUUAACCUGGAACCAAAAAGGGUUAUCUUAUGGGGAGAGUGUAUUUUGGAGCUUCAGACACAAAGCAAACUAAAUGAUGCUAUGGUCUAUGCAACCAUAAGCAAGGUCAGGAUUACUGUAUUGGUCUAGAUUGAACAUUGAGACAGUGAAAAUCCUGUACGAUAGCCAUAAUAUAAAAUCACAUAAGAUCAUGACUGUUGUAAUUUUCUGUAUUUGGUUGUCUUUCAGAAUCAAGCCAACCGGAGACAAAAAGGUGAGAGUUUGAUGCUCUUAGUGCCGUUCUUUCUAACCUCUCAACCUGCUUGUUAAUGUGGGAUUAUACAAUGUUUGAAAAGGUACAGACCUUGGCGGUUUUUGUAUUGGCAAGAGCUGACGAAUGAAGAUCCAGGAUCAAGUGUAGCUACUUCAGAGGAUGUGACUAACCAUCCAUGAAACGAUUUAUGGGAAACAUUUGUGAGAGGGAACUAAUACAGCCUCAUCCUAUUGAUUCAAAAUUCCAUUAGUCCUUUACACAAGUUACUGCUGGGACUCGGCAUAAAUCUUAGUAAAUAAGUCUACCCAAAGGCAUGUAUUUAUAUGGCUCUGAGUCUGCCUUGUGUCUGAGAAAGAUACUGGGAUUUUAUAGUUAAUUAAAAUAAAGAAUUGAGAAUAAUAAUUUGGAACAUUAGAUGGUUAUUAGAUUAUAACAUCCACAUUAAGAUUGAAAUUCUAGUUUACAAAAUAAUUAUGUGAUUUCAACUUGAAUUUGUUAUUGUGUAUGUGUCGUAAUAUCCAUGUAUUUCUGUUUCAUUGACUGCAUUGAUUGCCAUGUGGAUAUCAGUAAAAACAAGUGAAAUUCAUGACAAUAUGUACAGUACAUUCAGGAGAAUCAAAUACAUUUGCAUAGGUAUGGAAUGGGCGACUUUUUAAAUCUCUCAGUCCUGGCCUGUGGAAUUGAAAGCAGGUGUAUACUGUGGGUGGAGCUUCCUAACACUUGUCCCCAGCAGGCAGGUAACCAGUCUCUGAAGGGGGACUUGAAGCAAAGUCCAAGCACAGUUUGUCUAUUCUCUCAUGAAGUGAGGGCAGUGAUAUUGACAUCAGAGCAUUGUUGUAUCCAGGAUAUGCUGUGCCAACGAUGAUUCUGCAAGCACAAUUCUGUAUGCUCUCGAGUUGUUCAGAGGGCUUGAGUCAAGGAGCUGUGCCAAGCUGGUGCGGCAUACUCUAGGCAGGGUCGAACAUAAAGAUGAAGUCGGAAGUUUACAUACACUUAGGUUGGAGUCAUUAAAACUUGUUUUUCAACCACUCCAUACAUUUCUUGUUAACAAACUAUAGUUUUGGCAAGUCGGUUAGAACGUCUACUUUGUGCAUGACACAAGUAAUUUUUCCAACAAUUGUUUACAGACAGAUUAUUUCACUUAUAAUUCACUGUAUCACAAUUCCAGUGGGUCAGAAGUUUACAUACACUAAAUUGACUGUGCCUUUAAACAGCUUGGAAAAUUCCAGAAAAUGAUGUCAUGGCUUUAGAAGCUUCUGAUAGGCUAAUUGACAUCAUUUGAGUCAAUUGGAGGUGUACCUGUGGAUGUAUUUCAAGGCCUACCAAACUCAGUGCCUCUUUGCUUGACAUCAUGGGAGCAUCAAAAGAAAUCAGCCGAGACCUCAGAAAAAGAAUUGUAGACCUCCACAAGUCUGGUUCAUCCUUGGGAGCAAUUUCCAAACGCCUGAAGGUACCACGUUCAUCUGUACAAACAAUAGUAUGCAGUAUUUACACCAUGGGACCACGCAGCCAUCAUACCGCUCAGGAAGGAGAAGCGUUCUGUCUCCUAGAGAUGAACGUACUUUGGUGCGAAAAGUGAAAAUCAAUCCCAGAACAACAGCAAAGGACCUUGUGAAGAUGCUGGAGGAAACAGCUACAAAAGUAUCUAUAUCCACAGUAAAGCAAGUCCUAUAUCGACAUAACCUGAAAGGCCACUCAGCAAGGAAGAAGCCACUGCUCCAAAACCGCCAUAAAAAAGCCUGACUACGGUUUGCAACUGCACAUGGGGACAAAGAUCGUACUCUUUUGAGAAAUGUCCUCUGGUCUGAUGAAACAAAAAUAGAACUGUUUCGCCAUAAUGACCAUCGUUAUGUUUGGAGGAAAAAGGGGAUGGCUUGCAAGCCGAAGAACACCAUCCCAACCGUGAAGCACGGGGGUGGCAGCAUCAUGCUGUGGGGGUGCUUUGCUGCAGGAGGGACUGGUGCACUUCACAAAAUAGAUGGCAUCAUGAGGAAGGAAAAUUAUGUGGAUAUAUUGAAGCAACAUCUCAAGACAUCAGUCAGGAUGUUAAAGCUUGGUCGCAAAUGGGUCUUCCAAAUGAACAAUGACCCCAAGCAUACAGUGGGGAAAAAAUGUAUUUAGUCAGCCACCAAUUGUGCAAGUUCUCCCACUUAAAAAGAUGAGAGAGGCCUGUAAUUUUCAUCAUAGGUACACGUCAACUAUGACAGACAAAUUGAGAGAAUUUCUGUGUAAAGGAAAUAAUGAAUGGGGCCAUGUAUCGUGAGAUUUUUUGUGAAAACCUCCUUCCAUCAGCAAGGGCAUUGAAGAUGAAACGUGGCUGGGUCUUUCAGCAUGACAAUGAUCCCAAACACACCGCCCGGGCAACGAAGGAGUGGCUUCGUAAGAAGCAUUUCAAGGUCCUGGAGUGGCCUAGCCAGUCUCCAGAUCUCAACCCCAUAGAAAAUCUUUGGAGGGAGUUGAAAGUCUGUGUUGCCCAGCGACAGCCCCAAAACAUCACUGCUCUAGAGGAGAUCUGCAUGAAGGAAUGGGCCAAAAUACCAGCAACAGUGUGUGAAAACCUUGUGAAGACUUACAGAAAACGUUUGACCUGUGUCAUUGCCAACAAAGGGUAUAUAACAAAGUAUUGAGAAACUUUUGUUAUUGACCAAAUACUUAUUUUCCACCAUAAUUUGCAAAUAAAUUCAUUAAAAAUCCUACAAUGUGAAUUUCUCAUUUUGUCUGUCAUAGUUGACGUGUACCUAUGAUGAAAAUUACAGGCCUCUCUCAUCUUUUUAAGUGGGAGAACUUGCACAAUUGGUGGCUGACUAAAUACUUUUUUUCCCCACCGUACUUCCAAAGUUGUGGCAAAAUGGCUUAAGGACAACAAAGUCAAGGUACUGGAGUGGCCAUCACAAAGCCCUGACCUCAAGCCUAUAGAAAAUAUUUGGGCAGAACUGAAAAAGCGUGUGCGAGCAAGGAGGCCUACAAACCUGACUCAGUUACACCAGCUCUGUCAGGAGGAAUGGGCUAAAAUGUACCCAACAUAUUGUGGGAAGCUUGUGGAAGGCUACCUGAAACGAUUGACCCAAGUUAAACAAUUUGAAGGCAAUGCUACCAAAUACUAAUUGAGUGUAUGUAAACUUCUGACCCACUGGGAAUGUGAUGAAAUAAAUAAAAGCUGAAAUAAAUCAUUCUCUCUACUAUUAUUCUGACAUUUCACAUUCUUAAAAUAAAAUGGUGAUCCUAACUGACCUAAGACAGGGAAUUUUUACUAGGAUUAAAUGUCAGGAAUUGUGAAAAACUGAGUUUAAAUGUAUUUGGCUAAGGAGUAUGUAAACUUCCGACUUCAACUGUAGCUAGUAGAUCAAGUUUUAUACAUUUACAUUUACAUUUACAUUUUAGUCAUUUAGCAGACGCUCUUAUCCAGAGCGACUUACAGUUAGUGAAUACAUUUUUUUACAUAUAUAUAAUUUUUUUUAUACUGGCCCCCCGUGGGAAUCGAACCCACAACCCUGGCGUUGCAAACACCAUGCUCUAUCAACUGAGCUACAUCCCUGUUAUACCAUUUGUCAGCAGUUUUAAUGUCCCUAAUGAUACCAUUUUACUAUUGAAGCAGUGAACACACUGACUUAAGAGUGGUUAAGUCUAAAUGAAUUGAAUAAUGAUAAUGGUUUUUCAUAAGUAUCAGCGCAUUACAUUGAAAAAAACACUAUAACCUGUAGACUGGCAAGACAAUUGAUAGUACCAACAUAACAUAAAGCUCACAAAACUGUUGCUUCUUUCAAGGUUGCACUAUUUUCCUGCUGUAGGUGACUGGCUCAAUUUAAGAUCCUACAUCUGUAGGAAUUGGUCAUAUUUUCCAUUGGACUGUUCCUCUGGGUUUCCACAGGAUAGAUGAAUCACAGAGUGGGAGAAGCUCUAUUCCUGAGACAACAGGAGGUAAGGUCAACCUGGGAUACACAACAGAGGGCCACUCAGGUGAGAGUCAGGGUGACAAAUACCCCUGCUCCUCAUUAGGACACAUUAUCUUCAACAUCUAAUGAGAUCAGUGAGGUAUGUUGGCAUGGAAAAUCAGAAUGGAUAGGCUAUUUUAUUUUAUCUGUGAUUUAUUUUAUUUGUUAAAAGUAUUACAGACUACUAACAGCAUUAGAGGCUAUAAUUGACUAUGAUGUAAUCACAAUGCCAUGUUCUAUGUUGGAGCCGCUGUACUAUACUUCCUCCCCUGAGCAUACAGUGUGGUACAGUGAAAUGGUCAGAAGGGAUGUCAGGUCAGGUAAACGCCUGUUUCUCACUCGACAGACGCUGGCCGCAGUGACCUCUUCGUCACUGGGGGAACCCCCAGCCAGAUGAGCUCCAUCAGCACUCACAAG